UCAUAUUAUUAAUUAUUAAUACAAAAUCGGUUGUGUUCAUAUCUUUGUAGGACAAGAUUUUGAUAUUUAUUUUUUUUUUGUAUGGAUUUACUGUCUAAAGGUUUUGUCUCUUACCUUUACCCUUUACGCCCUUUUUUAUAAAACAUUUUACUAUUCCUUUCAUUUUUUUUAUUUAGCGACAAAUUAAUGAUAUACAGUUUGUAUAGUUUGAUAUUAGAUAAAAAAUGUCACCAGUUGCUGAAACAAACAAGUUGGAAGAGCACGUGUCAGAAAUUGACAAUAUUAAACGGCAUCAUGGAGAAAUUAUCUAUGAGACUAAUGGUUUUAUUAGUAAAAUUCAUAGGAAAGAUAAACAAUUGAACCGACGUACCGUUAAUACUUAUACUGGUAUGUGGAAAGAGGAUAAAAAAGAUUUUUCUAAUAAGGAAGAAACAACCAAAGUAAGACGCGAAAAUGCCCAAAAAAUGACAAACGCGUUCUAUGACAUUGUCACAGAUUUUUAUGAAUAUGGAUGGGGCGAAUCUUUUCAUUUUGCUCGUAUCUAUAAAGGUGAUACUUUUGAGCAAGCUAUUAAACGUCACGAACAAUAUUUAUCUUUAAAGUUAGGAAUGAAUGAUAAACAUAAAACUUUAGAUGUUGGUUGUGGCGUUGGUGGCCCACUCCGUGAAAUUGUCAGGUUAUCUGGCGCUCAUAUAACUGGAAUUAAUAAUAAUGCAUAUCAGAUUGAAAGAUGUAAAGCGUAUUCGAGGAACCUUGGAAUAGAAAGCAGAACCGAUUUUGUUAAAGGGGAUUUCACGAACAUGCCACGUGAGCUGGAUGGUAAAUUCGACUCAGCUUACGCGGUUGAAGCUACAGUACAUUCUCCUAAACUUGAAAUGGUUUAUGGACAAGUAUUUCGUGCUUUAAAACCUGGAGGUCUCUUUGCAACUUAUGAAUGGGUUACGACACCAAAAUAUGAUGAAAAUAAUCCUGAACAUGGGCGAAUCAUUCAUGGAAUCGAGGAGGGUAACUCGAUUCCAUCAUUGAGCUCUUAUGAACAAGCUCUUGAAGCCGCGAAAAGCGUUGGCUUCGAAGUGCUUGAGUACGAAGAUAUGGCUAUGUUAGAAGAUUGUCAUGAUCCAUGGUAUUUGACUUUAAAAGGAAGUUUUUCCUUCAGUGGAUUUAGGAUGACUCGUAUAGGAAGAUGGACAACUCAUAAGUUAGUUUAUUUUCUCGAAUGUCUUCGCAUCGUCGCUCCUGGUUCAACUGAUGUUGCAUCCUUUCUUAACAACACUGCUGAUGCUUUAGUUAAAGGAGGAGAAUUGGAGAUUUUUACUCCAAUGUUCUUUAUUUUACUUAAAAAACCUUCAACAGCUCAGUGACCUUAUAUAUAUAUAUAUAUAUAUAUUAUAAAAUAAGGAUAUUUAUACACAUAUAGGAUUUAGGUUUAAACAUUA